AGUCAGUUUAUCAACUCUCAAUGGCUGUCCCAGAAUCUACGAAUACAUUGGAUAGUAUCAAGGUUGAAGUGACAUCACCGCCGGCCGGGCAGUCCAACGCCUCCGCUGUGGCCAACAUAGUGCUCACGGGUAUCGGCGUUGGCAUGCUCAGCCUGCCAGGGGCGAUAGCUCAGGCGGGUUAUGCGUUCGGAUUCGCUCUUCUCAUCUUUAGUGGAGUUGUUGGUAUGCUGUAUACUCAGCUAUUACGUGCCUGUAUGAAACCCGGUACCCGAAACUAUGAAGAUAUUGGCAUGGAUGCUUUUGGUCGAUGGGGUGUUGCUGCUGUUGCAUUCGGGGUAAACGGUGCACUGCUGGGCACGUGUUGUCUACUCAUGCUACUUCUUGGCCAGAAUUCUUUCAAACUUUAUAACGGGAUAGCCCAAGAAUACUGGGUUAUCAUCUGGGCAAGUAUCCUGCUCCCAAUGUCGUGGUUGCGCAAUAUGAAACAUAUCGGCUACUUCAGCGGCACAGUGGGCGUAGCUUCGGUCAUCAUCCUUAUGUUGUCUAUCAUCUAUGCAGGCUUUGCUCGGGUUGCAGGAGACGGAGCCCACCAUGAUGUUGUCUAUGAACCGUAUCCUCCAAGUGUUGUGGGACUGGGAAUGUCCUUCGCGAGCAUGACUCUUGCAUUUGCCGUCACAUGCGCAAGCACCACUGUGUUGCACGACAUGAAGCACGCUUCAGCUCAUCGUUUCGUCAUUUACUGGGGAGUCAGUCUUAUUGGCGUUGUCUACUUUCUGGUGUCUCUAUCUGGCUAUGUCGGGUGGGGAAAAUUUCUCACUCAAUUCCAGAAUAUCAUUGACGCCGUUACCGAGAGUAGGCCUGUUUAUGGUCCUAUUGCGUACCUUUGCAUAUGUAGCAUUUUGUUGUUGUGCAUCACUCACUAUGCUGUCAUGUUGAAUCCAGUCAGUCGUAUCGUCGAAAUCGCUCUUCGAAUCAAGGAAGAACAAAUAGUCAGGUCGUGUCUGGCUCGUAGCAGCCUUGUUAUUUUUACUGCUGUCGUUGCUAUAACGGUCCCUAACUUCCAAGGUCUUGUGGGUCUCCUGGGCUCGGUAUGUUACUCGCUCAUACACAAUAUCUAUCCCUCGGUAUUCUACACUCGCCUGGUCCUCUGGGGGAAAUUACAGGAGCGCUCUGGUCGGGCUAUCGCUAAAGUAUCAGGACUCGCACUACUGUUGGUCAUUUCUGUCGUCGGAUCAGUUUUUGGUAUAUACGAUGCAGUGAACACUCUUAUUUAUUAGCGGUCGAGUGUCCGUCUGAUGUGUCUCCACAACGUUUUCACAAUUACCUAUUAUAGUCUCGCUUCUAACGCGGAAGCUUUGGUUUCG